AUGGCUUACUCUUUAACAAGGAAAUUGCUGAAGGAUUGGAAAUAUUUUAUGCGCCAUCCUGAGAAGACCCAAGGUCUUUUUCAUGUAAGGCCACAUGAUUCAGACUUACAUCUUUGGCACGUGGUAAUGUACGAGCCCAGGACUUCUUUGGAAGUAUAUCUACUACUUUAUAUUGGCGGAAACGACCAGGAUCCAUAUAUCAUCAUGAAAUGUCUGUCUCCAAAUUGUUGCUUUCCAAUUAACAGAACGGUUUCGAUGACACACUUAAACUAUCUUUUAUUGAAAGACUUGGGAUUACAGGAUUUACUUUUCCACAUAUGGCAACCGCUUUUUCAUAUUCAAGCAACGGAAGACUUACAGUAUUCACCGUCAACGGUAAAAUUCAACAGGGCGUGGAAUAGGAUUAUAUAUAAGGACUUUAAAUCUUAUUUUCCGGAACUGAUAGGUACUUUACAACCAGGUGAUUACUCUAUAGUAAAGAGCUAUUCCAAAAAUCAUAAUAUCAGCAAUAGUAAUGGUGGCAGUGUCAAUGAAUUUAUGUCCUCUUACAAUGCUCAAAGCCACACCUUUCACGCACAAGACAACAGCAAGAACCCUUAUACUAACAGCAGCAUAGGAAAGUCUAGUAUGUUAUCUACUCUCAACAAUAAUAACGUUAACAAAAGGACACAUGACUACAAUGCUAUCGACUUUAUGACCAAAAACUUACUUGCAUGUGAUGAUGACAGUAUUCAUCCGGUCGUAAGUUCUAAAAGGUCAAGAACGUUGGCAUGUCCAGAUGAAACGAACGAUAAUCGCGGUAGUGAGCAUUACACAAAGAGGAAAAAAAUCUAA